UGUUCCUUCAAGAAGUUUGGGUCCUCACCUUUAUCAAUGGUUUUAAUAUGUGGAACUCAACGAUUUAUUUACUUUGGAGCAGUGGCAAACGUGCAUAAAUUUAAAAACCUUGUCGAUAAAUCAUGUACAUUAGCUUUGUAAAAUUCUCCAAAUAGAAAUUCUGUAUAUGCAGCAGCAUCAGAAGGGAAUCGCGAAAUGGGUGGGAAAGAACAGGUUAAGAGAUCUCAGAUCCUUUCGUGUAAACUUGUCUCACUAUUUCUCCUUGUCUGUACAGCAUUCUUCUUCAUCUUCUCUGUUUCAGACACAUUGAAGAGAGAAAACCAUAUAGACGAUUGGAAUAAAAACAAACUAUAUGAAGUGGGUAAGACUAAUAGUGAUACCCCUAAACAAAAGCAGUUUGAAGGAUGGAAGGCUAAGGCAUGCAACUAUUCAGAUGGGAGGUGGGUUCAUGAUGCAGAGAUAAAAAUGAGGUAUAGUCACAAAUGUAAGGAGAUUUUCAAAGGAUGGAAUUGCAUAGCAAACAACAAAUCAAAUGGCAGGGAUAUUUUGCAGUGGCGUUGGCAGCCCCGGGGCUGUGACCUUCCUCGCUUCGAUCCCUUAUACUUCUUGGAACAUUUCAGGGACACCAGCAUUGGGUUUGUGGGAGAUUCGUUGAAUCGAAACAUGUUUGUUUCUCUUGUAUGCAUGCUCAAAGAAGCAUCCAACGAUGCUAGGAAGUGGCGCCCCGCACAUGCUGAUCGAGGAUAUACAUUUCUUCAGUACAAUGUGACAUUGGCAUACCAUCGUACAAAUCUCUUGGCACGCUAUGGCCGGUGGUCUGCAAAGAUUGAUGGUGGAGCCCUCGAACAACUGGGAUACAAAGAGGGUUUUAGAGUGGAUAUCGAUAUUCCAGAUGGAUCAUGGGCAGAGGCUCCUAGUUAUCAUAAUAUUCUGAUUUUGAACACAGGUCACUGGUGGUGGGCACCAGCAAAAUUUGACCCAGUGAAAUCACCUAUGUUAUUUUUUGAGAAGGGCCAGCCAAUAUUGCCCCCAAUAUCACCUGAAGAGGGUUUGGACAUGGUUCUACAUAACAUGAUAGACUUUGUCGAGAAAAAUAUGCCAAAGAAUGCACUAAAUGUUUUUCGGACACAAUCUCCCAGGCAUUUUGAAGGUGGUGAUUGGAAUGAAGGUGGCACAUGUCAGAGGACAAAACCUUUGCUACCUGAGGAGGUGGAAAAUAUCUUUGCAGUAAAAAACCACAGUCCAAAUGUAGAGGUGCGACUUGCAAACCGUCAUUUGCAGGAGGCAUUAAAAGAUUCAAGUUUUAAUCUUUUGAACAUCACAUUUAUGAGUGAAUUUAGAGCGGAUGCCCAUCCUUCAACAUCAGGGGGGAAAAAGCAUGAGGAUUGCAUGCACUGGUGCUUGCCAGGAAUAACAGAUUAUUGGAAUGAUCUAUUGAUGGAUACUCUUCUUAUGAAAAGAUGAGGUUCUCCCGAUGAUUUCCUUAUUUCUAUUCAUUAUAACAUUUUUUCAUUCUUUCCAAGUUCCACUUAGAUCCUCUCUUAUUCCGCGACUUGAUCAAUAUUAUGAUAUUUCCUUCUUUGUUUCCUGUUCUUAAGUUUCCAUUCUUGUUCACUGUAAAUAUGUGAGUGAGGUAUGUAACAAUGUGGUACGUCAUUUGAUAGGAAGCUUAUAAAUAGAUUUUCUUAUUUGUUUUUUGUUGGAAGCUUGUUAAUGAUGUUGUAGGCAGCGACUUUUCAGAGAUUUACAGUUUAAUUAAGGCUAGAUCACACCACCAAACAUUAGAUAUCAUGGCAUUGUAAUUCAGUAAGAAGAAUUCAAAUUGUACCUUAUUUGGGUACUAUUCCUAUUC